CAUCUACAUUACUUCUUUUACAAUUUCAUCUUUAACAAAAUCUUCCAAUUUCAUCUACACCAACUCCCCAACAAUAUGUCUUUACUCACAAUGGGCGAAGCACACAGAGGAACAGUUGCAAACAUCGCAACAUACGAUGUAUCAAGGUUUCGAACUCGAGUCCACGAAUUUGUCCCAAUGGACCCGAUGAUUCAACCUUAUGUUGAACUCGCCGGUUUUGGUCACAUUAGCAAGAUUAUGUCUUGGUCUAUAGAUAACAAGUUCAUUCUAGCCUUAUGCUAAAGAUGGAGGCCAGAGACACACACAUUUUGGUUUCCAACCGGUGAGUGUACCGUGACGUUAGAAGACGUCUACAUGCUUUUAGGACUACGAAUUGAAGGCAAAGCUGUUAAUGGUAAGACCAACUAUGCAAAUUCAAUUUGCAUGGAGCUUUUAGACACUGAUUUGUUAGAUGAUAAUGCUAGAGGUCAAGGUAUACUACUCUCACGCCUAAAGGCAUAUUAUAAUAGUUUAUAUUUAGAUGAGAAUUCUACCGAAGAUGCUCGAAUAAUCAAAACUAGAUGUUACAUUAUGUUGUUACUAGGAUCCUUUUUAUUUCCCGAAGGUAGUGGUUCUAGCAUGCAUAUUAUGUACUUACCUUUACUUAGACAUAUAGAUAGAAUAGGUAGUUACAGUUGGGGAUCCGCAUGUCUAGCCUAUCUCUAUAGUUCGUUGUGCAAAAACUCCCACAAAGACACAUCUACAUUUUCUGGAUGUGCUGUUUUGCUACAAGCAUGGGGAUGGUCAAGACUACCGUCUCUAGCACCGGUCAAUAACAACCCCUUCACUUUUCCAUAUGCAAAAAAAUGGUCGGCACGUGGUAUGAAUUACAGCAGAUGUCCGAGACACUGUAUUACUCAGUAUCGCAACCUGUUGGAUCACCUUCGACCGACAGACUUCAUUUGGCGUCCAUACCUUAAUAUGGAUCAUGAGCAUCAGGUCAACCCUGAAGAUGCAGCCGUAUGGACAGCAUGCACACCGAUAAUACGGUUCACAACAUGGAGAGGGGAGGAAGUGCAGCACCAGCUGCUGCUGGUUGUGUUUGUUGAGUAG